CGCGGGGCGGGCGCAGGGGCGGCGGCGGCGGCUCCUUGCAGCUGUCAGCGCCCGCUUCUCUGGGGCCCGGGCGUGCGCCGACCACCGCGGUCGCUGGGCUGGGCCGGCUCUGUCAGCGCCUCAGGGUGAGGGUGCCGUGGUGCUGAUCUGUUCCCUUCCUUCCCUCUCCCCGGUCCUCUUUUAUUCCCCCGUCCCCCCAAACCCCUUUUCCUGCCUCCCUUCCGCCCGCCCAUCGCUGACAUCCUCUGGUCACCUCCUCUUCACCACCCCCACCUCCGCGGGCUGCGCGGCCCCCCGCCGCCUCUGCGAGCGCUGCGCACAUCGCCCGAGCCUGCUGCACCGAGCGAAUGUAUGAAAACAUGUCCACAAUGGUGUAUUUAAAAGAAGAGAAGUUGGAGAAGCUUACUCAAGAUGAAAUUAUUGCCAAAACUAAGCAAGUGAUUAAUGGACUAGAGGCACUGAAGAAUGAACACAAUUCAAUUUUACAGAGCUUACUUGAAACACUGAAGUGUUUGAAGAAAGAUGAUGAAACUAAUCUGGUUGAAGAAAAGUCAAACAUGAUUCGAAAGUCACUGGAAAUGCUGGAGCUUGGCCUUAGUGAAGCACAGGUGAUGAUGGCCUUGUCAAAUCACUUAAAUGCAGUAGAAUCAGAGAAGCAGAAAUUGCGUGCUCAGGUUCGCAGACUAUGCCAGGAAAAUCAGUGGCUACGGGAUGAGCUAGCCAAUACCCAACAGAAACUACAGAAGAGUGAGCAGUCUGUGGCACAACUGGAGGAAGAAAAGAAGCACCUAGAAUUCAUGAAUCAAUUAAAAAAAUAUGAUGAUGAUAUUUCACCAUCAGAGGAUAAAGAUACGGAUUCUGCCAAAGAGCCAUUGGAUGAUUUAUUUCCCAAUGAUGAAGAUGAUCAAGGACAAGGAAUUCAACAGCAGCAUAGCAGUGCAGCUGCUGCUGCCCAACAAGGUGGCUACGAAAUUCCAGCAAGAUUAAGGACCCUUCAUAAUCUUGUAAUUCAGUAUGCUUCCCAAGGUAGAUAUGAGGUUGCUGUACCUCUCUGUAAACAAGCUCUUGAAGAUCUGGAGAAGACUUCGGGUCAUGAUCAUCCUGAUGUUGCCACUAUGUUGAACAUACUUGCUUUGGUGUACAGAGACCAGAACAAAUACAAAGAUGCAGCAAACCUCCUGAAUGAUGCCUUGGCUAUCCGUGAAAAGACCUUGGGCAAAGAUCAUCCAGCGGUGGCAGCAACUCUAAACAAUCUUGCAGUACUUUAUGGUAAGCGAGGAAAGUACAAAGAAGCUGAACCAUUGUGUAAGCGAGCUCUGGAAAUCAGAGAAAAGGUCCUGGGGAAGGAUCACCCUGAUGUUGCCAAACAGCUCAAUAACUUGGCUUUACUAUGCCAGAACCAGGGUAAAUAUGAGGAAGUUGAAUACUAUUAUCAGAGGGCACUGGAAAUUUACCAAACUAAGCUGGGACCAGAUGAUCCAAAUGUUGCGAAAACAAAGAACAACCUGGCCUCCUGCUAUCUAAAACAGGGCAAAUUUAAGCAAGCAGAAACUUUAUACAAAGAGAUUCUUACUCGUGCUCAUGAACGGGAAUUUGGCUCUGUAGAUGAUGAAAAUAAGCCUAUUUGGAUGCAUGCAGAAGAGAGGGAAGAAUGCAAAGGAAAGCAAAAAGAUGGCACAUCUUUUGGGGAAUAUGGUGGCUGGUACAAAGCCUGCAAAGUUGACAGUCCAACAGUAACAACUACCUUAAAGAACCUUGGGGCACUUUACAGACGACAGGGCAAGUUUGAAGCUGCUGAAACAUUAGAAGAGGCAGCAAUGAGAUCUCGUAAACAGGGUCUUGACAAUGUUCAUAAACAGAGAGUUGCUGAAGUGCUGAAUGACCCUGAGAGCAUAGAAAAAAGACGGAGCCGAGAAAGCCUCAAUGUCGAUGUGGUAAAGUACGAGAGCGGUCCCGAUGGAGGCGAGGAAGUGAGUAUGAGCGUAGAGUGGAAUGGGGAUGGCACUGGAUCUUUAAAACGCAGUGGUUCCUUUAGCAAACUUCGUGCUUCCAUUAGACGCAGCAGUGAGAAGCUGGUUAGAAAGCUGAAGGGAGGAAGUUCACGAGACAGUGAACCAAAGAACCCAGGCAUGAAGCGUGCCAGUUCUCUGAAUGUUCUUAACAUGGGUGGCAAGGCUACUGAAGAUCAUUUUCAAGAACGAAAUAAUUGUCUGACAGAUUCGAGAGCUCUGAGUGUCAGUCAUACUGAUUUGGCGCAUUGAGAUUCUUGGACAGAAGCUAGCUAAUAUUCCUUUGUGAAUAAAGAAGCACUGAGACCUUCAAAGCUUUGGUUCCUCAUCACUAUGUAUAGGAACACCUCCUUUAUAGAUGUUUUAUUUUCCAAUGGACUGCUGUUUUUACUUUUCUACGUAGGGGUGUUUUUAAACACAGCAUUCGUGGGUGUUCUCUGCUGAAGGAAAACUAUAUCUUGCGCAUUGCACUGCUCCCAUUCAUGCUACUUAAGUUGAUUUCUUUCAUGGCUCUGAAUAUUACAGCAGCCAAAAAAGGAAAAAAGGUAAAAAUACAAACAUAUUUAAAGCAUACCAAAAUGUAAAGAUGUUUUAAGAUGUAGGCAAAACUAAAUCUGUAGCAGGAGAUAUAUACAGUGCUAGAAUGAAAGAAGGAUAAAUGUAUAUGCAUUGCUGUAUAUAUUCAGAUUGAGCAUACUGUGGUGGUGAUGCUUUCCUCUGCACCACUACUUGUAACAUUAGAAACCUGAGCUGGCAAAACAGCACUUAGCCAUGGCUUGCUUAACCACUAGACUAUUAAAUCUUAGAGAUGGCUGGGGUUCCAUCACCUAUGGAUAACAUGAAUAGCAAUACCUGUGACUGUAACUUUGAUACUUACUGAUGUAAGUCUUAGGGCACAGUAGUUGGAGUCAAGAUGGUUCGUGUUGAUCAGGACAAAUGGCACAUAUGUUGACCUUUACCUACAGUUGAAGAGUACUGAAGCUUUGGACUGCAACUGUCCUGGAGCAGCUGCUGUUGCUCUUGGGGAAACAUCAAGCCUCAGGAUUUUCUUGCUUGUUCACUGGAAUUCACAGUCCCACUCUGUUUGCUGAAAGUGCUCCAUCAUUUCUUUAUGCUGAUCCCAAAUCUUGCCUUUCUCCGUGAUAGCUGAUGCAGCAGAAGCAGGAAACUGCAUGCUAGGCUGUUACACUGUGGAGAAGCUGCUGUGCAAAGGACCACUCAAAUCUGAAGGGCCCCAGUGGAAGCUCUAGAUGGCUGUAAGUGGCAAGGAACUCGCUUGGCCACAUGUCCAUGUUAAAUCCACUCAUGUUAAUAAGUAUGUAUGCUGUCUGUAUACAGGACUGCUGCUGGAACUAUCUAUGUUUUAAGUAUUUUAUAGACACUAGUACCUUCCUCCUGCUUUUCUGUAAAGCUUGUCAUUUAGUUAAUUUUUUUUUUCUUUUGGUAAAAAUUGUUACUUUUGUGAGGUUGGAUAAGAAAGUAAAACAAAAACACACCUAUGUGUGUACAAAUGUA